AUGAGCCAUCAACGAUACCCGUCCCACGACCCCCUAAAGGAGCCUCACUCCGUCUCUUUGAAAGUCCUCAGACUAUCCCGCCCAUCACUCGUAAUUCAACACCCGAUCAGGCCCCCGCUGACGCCCUCAAACCUCCCCGCGGACCCGACCCCAGCCUCCCUCGCCUACGACACAACCGCCUCAACGAAUCCCUCCCCCUUUCUCCUCUCCCCGAUCCUCAACCUCCCGCUGAGCUUCGGCUCCGCCUACGUAGGCGAAACCUUCAGCUGCACCCUCUGUGCAAACCACGAUGUCCCCGAGCCCGUAGCAGCAGUCCCAGGGGGAGGAGGACCCCUCGGCGCCACAGGCGGUGCACCAGCAGCGGCAGCAUCAGCGGCCCCGGCAAAGCGCAAGAGCAUCCGCGACGUCCGCAUCGAAGCGGAAAUGAAGACCCCCGGCGCGAACUCGAUCCAGAAGCUCGAGCUCUCGCCACCAGAUUCCACGGAUAACGGCGGCGGCGACGACGAUGACCUGAAGGGAACGGACCUCGAGGCCGGCGACACCCUCCAGCGCAUCGUAAACUUUGAUCUCAAAGAGGAAGGCAACCACGUCCUCGCCGUGACGGUGAGCUACUACGAAGCCACCGAGACCUCGGGCAAGACGCGCACCUUUCGGAAGCUGUACCAGUUCAUCUGCAAGUCCUCGCUCAUCGUCCGCACGAAAAUCGGCCCGCUCGCUCCCGCUUCUUCCGGAAAGAAACAGGGCGGCGGUGGGCAGCGGCGGUGGGUCAUGGAGGCCCAGCUGGAGAACUGCUCCGAGGACGUGAUCCAGCUCGAGAAGGUGGUGCUGGACCUCGCGGACGGGUUGGGCUACACGGACUGCAACUGGGAGACGGGCGGGGGCGCGCGGCCGGUGCUGCACCCGGGCGAGGUCGAGCAGGUUUGCUUCGUGGUGGAGGAGGCCGAGGGGACGAGGGCGCAGCCGGGCGAGGACGGGAGGAUCAUGUUUGGGGUUCUCGGGAUCGGGUGGCGGGGUGAGAUGGGAAAUAGGGGGUUUCUCUCCACGGGCAAGCUGGGCACGCGACAUGUGGCGUGA